AUGGCAUCAGAAUAUAAAAAACUAUUUAUUGUCAUAUUUUGUCUAUUAAUAUGUAAAAUUUCUUUAGCUAAUAAACUAACAAAACGUGAUCUUACCUCAUGUCUUGCUGAUGUACAAGGUAAAAAAGUAUAUCCCACUGAUCCAGAAUAUAAAACCAAUAUUAUAGAUGAAAAUACUCGUGUAAAUUUUACGCCAUCUGUGAUAGUAUAUGCCAAUAUAGUAGCAGACGUUGAAGUUUCUGUAUAUUGUGCGAGUACUCUUAAUAUUAGCAUUUCGGUCAGAUCUGGUGGACAUUCUUACGAAAAAUAUGGUUCUAUUGGUGCAAUAACCGUAGAUAUUACGAAUUUAAACCAAACUAUAAUAAAUUCAACAACAAAUACUGCGGUUAUCGGUGCUGGAAGUAGAAUAGGUCCUAUUUUUUAUGCUUUAAGUCAAGCCGGCUUUUUUAUUCCACUUGGAACUUGUCCAAGUGUCGGUAUAGGUGGUCAUGCAUUGGGUGGUGGAUACGGACUAUUUGGAAGAAAAUAUGGACUCGCAUUAGAUAGUAUACUUUCUAUAGACCUUGUUAACGCUACUGGAAAACUUAUAACUGUAAAUGCUGACACGUACACAGAUUUAUUUUUUGCUCUCCGCGGAGCCGGUGCUAAUAACUACGGAAUAGUCACUUCAUUUACAUUCAAAAUUUAUCCUGCUCCUCCUAAAGUUACAUCUAUCACAUUGAAAUAUAACCUUACCAAUAUUCAACCUGUUUUUGACACAAUUUCACAACUUGGUCCUACGCUGUCUGAUGAUAUAUCAUUCACAUUAGUUAUAGACAAUGGUGAGGCGAGCUUUGAAGGUGUUUACCUAGGACCACAAGCAGAUGCACAACAAGCUAUGAGUCAAUUUAUUUCACUUUCUCAGCCUACUGCUACUACAAAUCAAUUUAUUGAAGAAACAUUGUUUAAUAGCGUUGUAAGAUGGGGAUUUCAAGGAACAAAUGGAACAAUAAAUCCAUAUCAUACUCCUAAUAACUUUAAAGCAAAGUCUUUUUAUGUUAAAUCACCUGGACUUUCAGCACAAGGAAUUCAAUCACUCUUAAGUUUUAUUAAGGGUCUUCCCACAACUUGUCCGACAUUUGCAGAAUUUGAUCUAUAUGCAGGUGGGGCUGCUAAUAAUGUUGCAGCAAAUGCCACGGCGUUCGUGCAUCGGGAUGCACUUUAUACUAUUCAAUUAUAUACAACAUUAAAUGGAGAUAAUACGACGAAUUCACAGUGUCUUACUCGAUUAAAUAGUUUUGGAGAAGCUUUUCAGUCAAAUUACACUGAUUAUACUAGUUAUCAGAAUUAUAUUGAUCAUGAUUUAUCAGAUUGGCUGAACAGAUAUUAUGGAAGUAAUUUGCCUGCGUUAAUUACCGCAAAAAAAGUAUAUGAUCCUAAUAACGUAUUUAAUUACAUUCAAGGUAUUCCAAUGACUUAUAAUGCUACCAAUUCAUUUCAACCUAUAUCAUCUUCGACUGUUAGCCCAGGUUCAACUUCGAAUAAUUCAACUUCUAAUAAUUCAAAUAUUGGAGCGAUCAUCGGAGAAACAAUUGCAUGUAAAAUUUCUUUAGCUAGUAAACUCUCAAAACGUGAUCUUACCUCAUGUCUUGCUGAUGUACAAGGUAAAAAAGUAUAUCCCACUGAUCCAGAAUAUAAAACCAAUAUUAUAGAUGAAAAUACUCGUUGGCAGAUGUUCAAUUGUCAGUAUUACGAAAAAUAUGGUUCUAUUGGUGCAAUAACCGUGGAUAUUACGAAUUUAAACCAAACUAUAAUAAAUUCAACAACGAAUACUGCGGUUAUUGGUGCUGGAAGUAGAAUAGGUCCUAUUUUUUAUGCUUUAAGUCAAGCUGGCUUCUUUAUUCCACUCGGAACUUGUCCAAGUGUCGGUAUAGGUGGUCAUGCAUUGGGUGGUGGAUACAGACAAUUUGGAAGAAAAUAUGGACUCGUAUUAGAUAGUAUACUUUCCAUAGAUCUUGUUGACGCUACUGGACGUCUUAUAACUGUAAAUGCUGACACGUACACAGAUUUAUUUUUUGCCCUCCGCGGAGCCGGUAAUAAUAACUAUGAAAUAGUCACUUCAUUUACAUUCAAAAUUUAUCCUGCUCCUCCUAAAGUUACAUCUAUCACAUUAACAUAUAACCUUACCAAUAUUCAACCUGUUUUUGAUACAAUUUCACAACUUGGUCCUACGCUGUCUGAUGAUAUAUCAUUCUCAUUAGUUAUAGACAAUGGUGAGGCGAGCCUUGAAGGUGUUUACCUAGGACCACAAGCAGAUGCACAACAAGCUAUGAGUCAAUUUAUUACACUUUCACAACCUACCACUACUACAAAUCAAUUUAUCGAAGAAACAUUGUUCGAUAGCGUCGUUAGAUGGGGAUUUCAAGGAGCAAAUGGUACAAUAAAUCCAUAUCAUAGUCCUAAUGACUUUAAAGCAAAGUCUUUUUAUGUUAAAUCACCUGGACUUUCAGCACAAGGAAUUCAAUUACUCUUAAGUUUUAUUAAGGGUCUUCCCAUAACUUGUCCGACAUUUGCAGGAUUUGAUCUAUAUGCAGGUGGGGCUGCUAAUAAAGUUGCAGCAAAUGCCACGGCGUUCGUGCAUCGGGAUGUACUUUAUGUUAUUCAAUUAUAUACAACGUUGAAAGGAGAUAAUACGAUGAAUUCGCAAUGUAUUAUUCAAUUAAAUAGUUUUGGAGAAGCUUUUCAGUCAAAUUACACUGAUUAUACUAGUUAUCAGAAUUAUAUUGAUCAUGAUUUAUCAGAUUGGCUGAACAGAUAUUAUGGAAGUAAUUUGCCUGCGUUAAUUGCCGCUAAAAAAGUAUUUAUAGAUGCUGGUGAAACUGGUGAAACUCUUGGUGAAUGGUGGUGA